AUGAAUCGCAAUAGGGACAAUAUGUUCUCUAUUGGGUCGGAUGAAAUGAAACCCAAAAAUGUCGUCGUCUUUCGCCAGAAUACUCCCAGCCUGUGGAAACGCAAAAGCACUCCGGAACAAAGACUGUUACAUUCUUUGAUCACCAGUGGUGAGGCGCACAUUCAUAUCGAUCCCAGUGUACAGCAUUUGGAGCGUCAUAUCUUUGCUGAUAUGCAAGGCUUGGUGGAAGUUAUCGACAAGUCGAACGGUCGUUUGAAAAGCUUAGGUGCCAUGACCUUCAAGGGUUGUCUCAAUUUGAGAAAUGUUCAUCUGAAGUCUCCCCUCAUAAAGUUUAUUCCAAAUGGUGCGUUUCUGCAAUGUCGGCGAUUGACCACCAUCGAGCUACCUUCGAGCAUAUUGCGCCUGGAGCAAUCCGCAUUUUCCUGUUGUACGGCCUUGAAGCAUAUUCAGAUCCCGCCAAAAGUGGUCCAAGUUCAAAAAAGGGCCUUUUACCGCUGCAAACGGUUGGAGACAAUCGGAUGGCCCGAAAUGCUGUUUGAAAUCUCUGCUGAUACACUUUUUGGAUGUCAGGCGUUGGUGAAUGUCCAACUGCCGUCUUCCGUUCAGACCAUUAGAGAGCGCGCAUUUGCUGGCUGUUCCAGUUUGGUCUUUCUUGGAUUGCCGGAGGGACUGUACUCCAUUGAAACCAGUGCUUUUGAGGGCUGCCGUUCCAUGGUGAUUCUGAAACUACCGACGUCGCUGGCCGAAAUUCAAACCCAUGCCUUUGAAGAUUGCUCGGAGCUCAUGUCGAUUGAAGUCUGUGGGAACACAAUGUGCAGAUUAGAGGUUCAUUUUUACGGAUUUGAAGGAUGCGCAUCAUUGAUUCACUUGUCAACUCCCCAAAAUCUGCACUUGAACAUCGAUUGCUUUGGAGAGCGUCCAAAUUUUUCAUGCGGCAAACUCAUGGAUGAUCCAACCCCAAGAUUUGAGUCGUUGCCGAUGCAUGAAUGGUGCUACCACCAAGUCUACUUUCCUCUAUCAAGUAUUCUCCAUGAGAUCUCUAAUCUGAGUGGACAGGAAGUAUCACCAAUGAUGAUGCAACACGAUCGUCUUGGUAUGACACCUUUCCACAUCUUGGCUCUUUCUAGCCGACCUGACAAAGCGCUAUUUGAAUGUUUCAUCGAUAAGCUCUCGCUCAACAAAGAGGUUCUACUAAAGCAGGACAACCUUGACUUUACCCCCUUGGAUUACCUCUUUCGGAACCCCUCGAACGAGUCUCGGGAAUCUCUUUCGUAUCUAGCCAAGUUGCUCGUGAAUGAUCGAAUCGAGGGUUUGACACUCAAGCGAUGGAGAGAUGAGCUAUCCGGUAUGCUGACGGUCUUUCUCCACCUCGACAAGGCCGAGCAAACAAGAGCUCGCUUUCGGACAUUUUUGCGCCAUAUUUCUACCAAGGAACACCAAGAGGUUCUUUCCAUUUUGGAGUGCGCUGUAUGGAAAGUGAAACUUAUCGACGUUACCAUGAACCUGAAGAACACAGCAAAUGAAUAUGUUGAUCGCCAUUUCUGCAGAGUCAGCUGUGGUGUGGAAGGGGUGAUAUCGAACGUCCUGCCAUUUCUCGAACGGCCGGAUAAAUUGACUCAUUGA